AUGCCAAAACAGGAUGCUUAUACAAAGGAGCUAAAUCAAUUGUUAUUGGAUUAUCAGCAAACAGGGCAGAUACAAAAUGAAAGCAUUGGUCGUAUAUACCGACUCCGGAAGUCUAUUGAAUGGCUACGUGAUGAAACCAUCGAGGAAAGUGCGGCAUUGAACAACCAGUUAAUUACACAUAAACUAUAUUUGAAGGAUGAAAUUAAUCAGUUGUAUAGACUUGAGCGUAGCAAGCAGGAAACUGUUCAAAAUGAGCGCGAUAAGGAUAAUUUGAGAAAACAGUUGCAGAAGCACUAUAAGCAACACUCAUUGACAUCACAGGUUGAAGCACUAAAGGAGAAGGAAUCAGGAAAGGGUAAAGAACCUAGUAAGUCAGGUCUCAAGUUGAUACUACGAAUACCCAAGAAUGAUAGGAUACAGAAGCUAAAGGGGGAAAAAAAGAAACUCGAGAAGAAGAGUGCAGAUAAAAAGAGUGCUAAGGAAGUUGCUAUCAAGUCGAUGAGAUUGAAAAACACUUCUCCUUCAGUUAUACAAGCUAAAAAGGUCAAGAGUCUGGAAAGUAUAAACAAUGAUGAGGAUAACAAAAGGUAUUGUUUUUGUAAACAGCCUUCAAUGGGAGAUAUGAUUGCCUGUGAUAACGAAACUUCCUGUUGCAAUGGCGAAUGGUUUCACUACAAAUGCGUUAAUUUGCUAAGCAAAGCAGAAGCUUCGAAAUAUACUACUGGUAAAACACCAUGGUUUUGUUCCAUCGAGUGUCGGGAAACAGUCAAUGCCGAAAAGAAGAGGCAAAAGCUAAAGCAGAAAAGAAGAGGCAAAAGCUAA